UGGAAUUUAGAGCCUGAAACAGACAUUGGGGUUUCAAACUAUAGCUUUCUGUUUUAUAACCCCGCCUGGUACCAUUGAAACAAUCAAAGGCAUGUUUGAGGCAUCCAGUUGGUCACUGUGUCAUUUUGCCUGCCCGUACUGAGGGGACAUGAUUGCUAUUGGAGAGUCCGGACUGUACCUAGCUGCUAGCAAUAAAGACUUAAAGCGUGAAAUCGGAUGGUUGAUUGGAUUCAGGAAAUAAACUUGAAGGUUGAGAAGUCUUCAAUAUUUUCAAGUGGAAAGAACCCCUGUCAGCAAAUGGGGUGCUGCUGCUGUGGAACAGAUGGAGAAUGCCAGGCAUAGAGGUCCAAGGUUUCAGCUCUGCUGGCAUGGUGGGUCGAGGGCUGAGGGUGGUGGUGAGGUGUUCUUUGCAGUUCCUCUUUCAACCUUUCCAUUUGUCUAUCCAAGCCAGCUGUUUUGGAUUACUUUUAUCUUCUUAUUGUAUCAUUGCUGCGCAGUGACAUUUUUGCACCCAAUGUUACUGAAACUGAAGAUGAGCAAAAACUUG